CGAGAUCAGAAUGUAAGUGAUGAUCGAUCCUGAUUCCCAGUGCUCUCGUGAUGGAAUGACAUGGAAAUCUGUGAUCUCAAGCGACGUGAUCAGUAUGAAACUAUCACACUGACACGGUGCACAUUCACAGCGUUGAACGUGAAUCCUCAUUCUGAGCUUCCAUCCUUUCAGGAGACGAAGUAGAUGAAACGGACGGAAGAUUUUCAAUCGAAGACACGCCAGUCCUCUACGCGGGCCGAGCAGGAGAGCAAGUUGUACCGCUCGUCCUGGCGGGAGAGCAAGAAAAUUGUCGGCACGAUGAAAUAAAGUCAUCCGGGGCAAAGGUAAAGGGACCGAAUAAACGCGACACCCACAGUGGUUUUGAGGGGAUUAACUCCUCUUCCCCGAGUGCCGCGAGAAAUCGGAUGAUAGCCACUUCAACAACUUCUACCCGAGAACAGCAAACCACUUCCACUGCUUCACAUGCUCUUGCUUCCCAUACUGCGGCCGAGAUUUCCACUAAGCACCAAACGUCGCUACAAAAUUACGAUGGCAGGAACGUGCGUCACUUUCACGCGAGCUCUGAUGAAACUGCCACUCCUACUAGCUUUAAAAAACUCACCGCAAAGCGCAACGAGCAGCAGCCGCAGCACCGUUUCUUCUUCAAAAACGGAAAGAAAAUACACGAAGCACCGCCAGUGUUUGAAGGAGGAGAGAAGGAGAUUAAAGGAGAAAUGAUUUGAAGCGCAGGCGACGAAGGUAAAAAGUAAGGAAAAAAAACAUUUUUCUGUAGUCCACUCACGCAUCCCAGAAGGUUAGUGCCCAUAUGGUAGGCUUUUAUUUAUACUUUCACUGGAAACAAGUUCUAUUUAGUUCGUCCUUCUCCUUGGGCUUACGCUUUGGUUGCGAACUUCUACUGCAGGCAUCCACCUAUGCCGUGUGCCUCUAUGCCUUCUACCCCUGUGCCUUUGAAUAGCGAGCCUAAGUUGGAUAUACACAUGCUUCAUUUCCUUCUCCACAAACGUCUAGUCAUUACCUUCAGCUGUUGAUCCGACGAGACCCGCACUAAGAAUUCCUAUUCCGUCGAGGCCGGAAUGCAGUGUGCAGCAGGAGUCAAUCCGCUACAAGUCUCGUGCUGGUGUUAGGCUGCGUGACCACAACAACAAGAAAAUGUCAAAAUGCGAAUAAAUCUAGUGAGUAGACCUUUUCGAUACGCAUGUGAAUGUGCUGCAUUUUUUAUCUCUACUGUAGAAUAAUCUUUGGCUGAACAUGAUAAGUAUCUAUAAUCUUCAGAGCAGCGAGUACUGUAAGUAUGCAUCAUUAUUGAGUGAGCAACGAGGAGAAAGUUGUGCGGGCAAUAAUGCAAAAUUCUUGCCACAUGAACAUGGUUGGACAGAACCCAAUCGCGUAAAUGUGAACAAGCUGAGUAGUGAGUACAUAAAACCAACUACAUGUUUCAGGCAACUACACGUGACACCAAUGAUCAUGUUGGAAAGAGACUGCGGGGCCGCCUGACACGUGCC